AUGUCCUUUCUCUUAUCUCUUUUGCCGCAGCCGGAGAAUUUACCUGCCUCACUGCAUGAGCUAUAUCGCCUUAUUGACCUGGCCAAGUUCAGUGUAAGCAGGCAGCAUGGGAAAAGACUUGAAAAACAAUCCAAACUGCACACGUUUCUCCCUGAAGUCCUCAAGACCUGCAGAGCAGCCUUCUGUACACAACCACCGACGAAACCUCCACCGGCCUCUACUUCCUUGUGGGUUCUAGUCCAUCAGCUGGCUAUGCUGAGUCAGCCCUCCCAAUUGGACCCUGCUCAGCCACCUGCGUUUCUUAAAAUGGCACCGUUCUUGUCCAGCUACUCUGUAGUGGACAGCAAACCAUAUGCCUUGAGUGGGACGUUGAAUGCGUUACAUCGUGAUCUCCUGGACUUUUGCUCAUCUUUCCUCGACUUUGCCGAGUUUUUCGGACUUGGCACUGAUGACCUCCGGACAAAAUGCGCAACAUAUAAGGCUACCAUAAAGCCGUCUGCUCCGUUUGACCGCUUUUGCCAAGCAGUGGAUAAUUUCAAAGUCAAGUAUCUGCGCCAUCAAGGCCCCGCUGUUAACUUCUUCAACGGAGGACUAAGUGAGAGCCAUAGAACGAGUCUCGGCUACUUAUUGCGAGCUACGUUCCAAGCUCACGCCCGUUUAGCACCCGUUUCGCGUGGGUGUCCUCCGGCUUGUCAGAAGUCUGGUGACGAGACUGGUCGGCGCGCUCACGCUGAGUGCUGGCCUCAGCGGCGUGAUGACCCAGACUGGUGGUGGUGGUAUUCAUACUUCUCUCCUGCUGUGUCUGAUGCCACCUAUACUGGUGAGGUUAUACUCCUCCUGCUUUUGCCGGGUCUUCCCGCUCAGAGUGCUGCUAGCACGCCCGAGUCCGCCGAGCACGCCGAAUUCAGCACGGAGGGGGCGGAUUACUUACUCUCCGUUGGCCCAUCAUUUCCAACUUCUUCAAUGAAGGCUAAUGUCGGCACUGGUGGCCGGGUAAAGGCUCCGCCGCCACCGCUGCGGUCGCUAGCUGCCUGUGAUGAGGGUUUCCCCCGGCUGCCCAUUGGCGACUCUCACGAGGCCUUUCUCCUGCGUAUCUGCUACUUGGCUCUCCUGGUGCAGGCUCUGCUGUCCUGGCAGGGCAACGAACAGCAAGGACUGGACGCCACAAGAAAGAACAGUGAUGAGCAGCCGCAGGAGUCUGUUUACUCCGAAACGGAUCCGCAUGUGUCCGCAUGGCUGACCAGCGGGGCAAGUCCCUUAUUUCGCCCUCCGCCUUUCAAGGCGCUGAUUGCUUAUUUCCGCGGCUUAUGGUUAUUUUAUACUAUCGCGUACUUUCAAAACUUAAAAAACGCUUUUUGCCGUUUUUAG